GAGGAAGAAGAUGAAUUUGGAUCAUUUGACGAUGCGUCAUUUGAGGCAUCAUUUGAUGAAUUUAACGAACUCGAAGAAACCAGUCCAGAAACAUUAAAAUUUGAUGAAGAAAUCUUUCAGAACCCGCAAGAAUUUGAUAAAAAGUUAGAAAUGAUCAUGGACCAAACGUUUAGUAACACCCCCCACGACCAAGGCAAGAAGGAAGACCAACAAUUGCUUGAUGAACGUUCCAAACAAAUAUUUGAAGAGUUAUCGAAUAUCCCACAUUUACAACCACCGAAUUGGAUUAAACUGAAAAUACGUCAUAACCUAUUAAUAAAGUUGGGAGUGCCCAUCAAUUUAGACGAACUCAAUGCAAAGGAAGAACAAUCAAGAUUGCAAGUCAAACAGCAUACCCGGAAAAAAUCAAUUAACGAAGAUGAUAUAAAUUGGCAAGAUUUUAAUAUAAUUGAUUAUAAAGACUUACAACUCAGUACCGAGGUUAAAAACGAAAUCAUCAGUAACACUAACGAAACGUUAUCGAGAUUUGAAAAUGAGAUUUUAAACCAUUCAACAAAACAAUAUUUGCAAAACACCAAUCUGGAUAUCAUUGACGAUAAAUUAAAUGAAAUGAAUCAAAUCUAUGAUGAAUUGAUUAAAAUCAGUAGUGUUUGGUUGAACCAAUUGGCUGAGUCCAAGUCCAAUUUCGAGGUCUACGAAUCGGUGGUCCAAAACUUGAUCGGCUACAGUCAAAGAUUGAAAAGAGAAGAAAUAUUGCAGGACUUGAACAAAGUGAAGUCAAAGUCUAAGAGUAAGAGAAAGAGCUUCUGG